GGGUGAACCUCUACCUUACGAGCCAAGCCAAAUCAUCCCAUCAAAGAACACCGCCAGGAUGUCAAUAUCACAAUCGGAAACAGACAUCAUCCUCAACAAGGCCAAUGUCGCCCUGGCCCGCAGUCAACGGCUGGUCGCCUCAUGGCUCCCAGCUCCGACGACGGAGGACCAAGCCAAUGUGAAAUCCGAAGAGGAGUUGCAGCGCGAAGAGGAUGAGAUAUUCACAGCGGUCCCAGAAACGCUCGGAGUUGGAGCGCCUUUGCCGACGAAAGCCGCGGAUGGAAGUUGGAAUCGCACGGAACUGGACUCAAAUGAUAAAUUACGGAAACAGCUUCUCGGUCGCAAUUAUCAGAAAGUCAUGGCGGCCAAGGCGAAUGCAAAGACGGGGGCGUCCUCCGCUGGUGCCGCGACAGGUCGACCGUCGAUGAAGGCGGCGGCGUCCGGCGCCGGUCACGGGGCUGACCAGGAAGAUGAGGAUGAGGAGGAAGGUCGCCUGGCUCUUAUUGGCAGAAAGAAUAACUCGUUUUCAAGGAAGAGGAAAGCAGAUGCUCCUCCUCAACAAAGCCCGGGAGAAACCGAAAACAUGAGCUCGGAGGCCAAGGUGACAGAUGUUGGUAGCGAGGGUAAAUCAGAAGGGGCUCCAUCGCAACCCUCAUCUGGCCGAAGAGGUAGGAAAAAGGGCACAAGCUUUUUAGAUGAGAUCUUGGCCGAGCGGUCGAAGAAGAGAAAGAAGAGGUGAUUACUUGGUGCAUGUUUCGGU